GAGCCACAAAAGUCUCCUGCCAAGGCGCAACUUCAGAUCACAGCAGCCCAGCCCUGCAGCUGCCUCUGGCUCUGCGAAGCAUCCUUCGGUGCCCUCUUCCCCUAGGCAUGGGGGCUGCAAACAAGAGCCUGGGGAACCCGUCCGGCUGUUGCAUUGGCUGGUCCUAGAGCAGGGCCGGGGGCUCUCCCCUAACUUCUCGCCCACUGGGAAGGAGCCUGGAAGGAGCCGGGAGGAUUUGGGGAAAUCUCUGAGAUCCCCCUGCGCAACCUUGCAAGAGGCGGACCAGCCCCAGCCGACUAUGGAAGGAGCGACAGAUACUGCCUAGUUCUCUCUUUUCUUCCCUUCCUGAGUUUCUGGGGCUCUCUGUAAAGCACAAACUUCUUUCCCCCUCCCUUGGCCAUGCUGUCUCCUAGGCACUAAGAGGAAAACGCCUCGUCCAUCCAGCUGCAAGAUUUCAGCCUGCAGCAGCGAGAGCAUGGAGAACAAGGCCAUGUACCUGCACACCUUCAGCGAGCGGGAGAACAGCUCCAUCUUCGAGGAGUCAUUUGAUGGAAGGAACCUGUCCAAACUGAACCUCUGCGAGGAUGGUCCAGGUGGCAGGAGGAGGGGAGUGGGGCGCUGCGGCCGGCUGGGCUCCAUCGCGGCUCUGAAGUACGCGGUGGUCGGACUCUACCUACUCGUGUUCCUGAUCCUCGUCGGCGUCUUCAUCCUGGCAGUCUCCAGGCCCCAGAGCUCCCCCGAGGACCUGAAGGCGCUGACAGGGAACGUGAACCGCCUGAACGCGAGCAUCAGGGACAUGCAGCUCAAGCUACUGCAGCUGCCGCUCAAAGGGGACAUCCUGGACCACAUCUGGCGGCUCCAGGAUCUCCUGCAGAAUCACUCGGACUCCCUCUUCCUGAUGACGGGCUCCCUGCAGAAGCUGGAGGGGUUCCUCUGGAGCCUACAGAUGCAGGCAAGUCAAACGGACAAGGCCGUGGCCAGCCUGAGGGACAGCUUGAACCAUCAGAGCGACAUGGCCCAGCUGGAGACCUACAGGCUCUCGGUUGAGAGCAACAGCAGCCGGCUGCUUCUGGAGCACCACGACAGCCUCCUGACGCACCUGGCCGCCCAGGUGGAGAGCCUGAGUGACCAGCUGACCGAGGUGGGUGGGGCCGUAGGCACCAUCAACAGGACCUUUUCCUACGACGUGGGCAUCCACCACACCCGGAUCCAGGACCUGCAGGUGCUGAUCAGCAACGCCACGGAGGACGCCCGACAGAUGAGGCAGAUCCACAUCGCCAUGGAGCAGCAGCUGAAACACGAGCUGGCCAUCCUGAACAACGUGACCGAGGACCUGAGGCUGAAGGACUGGGAGCACUCCAUCGCCUUGAGGAACAUCUCCGUGAUACGGGGGCCUCCAGGACCAAAAGGAGACCAAGGCAAUGAAGGAAUGGAAGGCGAGCCUGGAGUUCCUGGUUUACCUGGACUAAGAGGGCUCCCUGGGGAGAGAGGGCCUCCUGGACCACCCGGCCUGAAAGGAGACAAGGGAGACCUCGGCCCAUCCGGCCCUACUGGGAUGCGGGGAUUCAAAGGUGAUCGAGGCCAGAAAGGAGAGAAGGGAGACAGAGGUGACGAAACAGCCGCCGUCGAGGAGGAGCUGAUCCGGCUGGUGAACGGCUCCGUCCCCCACGAGGGGCGGGUGGAGGUGUUCCACGACCGGCACUGGGGGACGGUGUGCGACGACAGCUGGGACAAAAAGGACGGGGACGUGGCCUGCAGGAUGCUGGGUUUCCGAGGCGCUGAGGAGGUGUACAGGAUGGCCAAGUUUGGGCAAGGUAUCGGGCGGAUCUGGAUGGACGACGUCGCCUGCAAAGGCACAGAGGACAGUCUGUUUCAGUGCAGCUUCUCCAGCUGGGGGAAGAGCAACUGUGGCCACGCUGAGGACGCUGGAUUGAAAUGCCUCAACCAGUGACCUCAAGGACAAGCCACCAGCGAGAAGCCAGAUUAUCCCACUGGGAGAGGGCUGCGCCGAGAGAGAGGGACACACUGAGAAAUGCUGAAGCCACCACCCGUAUAUCCUUAGCCCAGCCACCUGCUCCAGGGUGACUGAGUGCCUGCCUUUUGCCUCCGGGCUCACUGCCGAGUCUAUUGUCUUUUGAUCUGCUGUGACUCCUCUCCCGUGUGCCCCACUCUCCCGGGUAAUAUUAACAAUUCCUGUAGCCUUCCCCCUCCUUGCCUUGUCUCUCUCUUGCUCUCGCUUCUAGACCAAAGUUAAGGCUGCAGAGCCAAUAUCCCUAUCCACCCUUUCUCCUUUCUCCAGCCCUGUAAUAUA